CUUUUCUCUCUCCACGGCCCCCUUCGUUUUGUGAAAUCGCAUACUUUUUUUCGCAACUUCUCUCUGUAUUUAGUGGGACCCUGUGGGAAAGAGCGAGCACUACUUGGGUUUGUGGUGACUAUAAUUGAACCUUCAAGAGGCAGCAAUCCAUUUCCCAACGUAGCUUUAAAUUUUGAUUGUCACAUAUUUUUCCUUCUGUCAUCUGAUAUUUUUUCGUAGGCGUUGUUUGUUUGUUGAACCCUUUACGUAUAUUCCGAAGAGUUUGUUGUUGAAUUAGAUUGUGUAAGAUGGCGGCAGAGUUCGAUGACGGAAAGUUCUGGUUGCCGCCGCAGUUUUUAACUGACGAUGAUUUACUGAUUAGUGGCCAGAGUAAAAUAAAACAGACGAAGCAAACAGAAGAUUUUUCAUUCACGUUUGGGAACUCAAUUGGUCCUUUUUCGGAUCUGAGUUCACCAGUUGAGUCGGUGAUGGGAUCUACAGAAACAGAGAGCGACGAGGAUGACUACAUGACUGAGUUAACUCGCAAGAUGGCUCAAUCUACUUUUCAAGACUUCAGUUACCCAGUUGAUAAUAAUCAAGGAUCUUGGGUUUCUGGUUCUCCACAAUCAACUCUAUGCAGUGUUAUGGGACGUUGCGGGUGCAACCUCGGUUCCGACCGUCAGAGCCCCAGCUGCUUGUCGAAGGUGUCAUCCCCGCAGGAUGCCAACCGUAGAAAUUCGGCGUCGUUAGAUUUGUUGUCUGCGGCUGCUCGAGAGGUUGCCCGGAUGAGGAUGAUGGAAGAAACACUUGGGUUUUAUUCUAACAAUUACAAAGGUGGUGUCGAGGGACUUUCUGUUCCUCCCAGAAUACGUGGUGCUGCUACAGUACCACCCAACAACCAAAAUCGCGGUUCUGGGUUUUACCCGAACAAUUCCUACCAUCUAUUUCAACAUUUGCAGGCCAGUCAAUUCCUGCAUUUGAAGGGACGACAGAUGAUGAAGCAGCCUCAACAUGGACAAAUGAAAAGUGGGUACCUCCAAAUGGUUCAGAAUAAUGUGAGGCCUAAUGGGUUGUCAAUGGAUGCUUGGUCCACUGUACAACAAUCUCAAAAACAACAGCAGCCUGGUUCAGGCAUGAGGGCAUUGUUUCUUGGAGAUACAGGGACUAAAAAAGAACGUACUGGAACCGGUGUUUUCUUGCCCAGAAAAGUUGGAGUCCCCACCGAAACUCGAAAGAAAUCAGGGUGUUCUACAGUUCUGCUACCAGACAGAGUGGUCCAGGCUUUGAAUUUGAACCUGGAAUCCAUGGAUUCCCAACCACAAAUCAGAGCCAAUGGAAAUUUUACUCCUGACUAUGCUGCUGCUGUGAAGUAUGGAAAUAAUUUUGUAAUGGCACAGCAGAGAAAAAAUCAAAGACCUGUCCCAGUGACUAAUCAAGACCAUCUCAGGCUUCCCCAAGAGUGGACUUACUGACCAAAAUUACAAUUGGGUUUCUCUAUUGAAGUUGUUUCAUUGAAAUCUCUACAGAAAAGCAGAUAUGAAGUUGAAGAUUAGGAGAUAGUUUAGUUUGUGGGACGUGUAUUAGCAGCAGAAUAGGACAGUAUUAAUUAAGUA